CGAGCGUUUCGCCUCAUCUGGCCUCACCUCGCAGUCGCAAGCGCAACAAGAGUCGCCGUUUUUGACGUCACGACGGGCGAGCUCGUCGAGCAAUUCGAGAUGUCUCAACCUACUCAGCCAGACUGGGGAGUCUUAUACAUCGAAAUGGACGAGCAGCACAUCUUUGUAUUGCGCGCUACUGUCCGUGGCGGCCAGCGCGACGGUCUAUACGUGUACGAGCGUAUGAAGGGGGGGCGCGAGCUCUGGAGCCCACUGGCACCUCCGUUCCUGCGAUCACAGAUCAUUUGGACCGCUGAGGGACGUCAAAUGGACUUUCUGCGGUACGACGGCGAGCCGCUACAGUCCUGCUCGACGCUCGGCUUUGCGCAACAGCUCAUGCCAGCAACUUGUGAAGAUCAAGACCUCUACGAGCGCACAGAUUGGUGUAAUGCCGUACACGUCGAUACGCGCACUGGAAGUUUAUGUCUCGCCGGUGAUCAAGGAGGCUUGAUGGUCAUUCCAGACUACAAGGAGGCUUUCAGGCGACCUUGCCCUGCCUCGAGCCCAUCAGAAGAGGAGCCUCAGCCGGGCAUCCCAACCAUUGGCGUUGGAGCGGACAUUAGCAGAUCGAUAUACCCCUACCUGGCCGUCGCUGACGGCAUAGCUGCAUUCACUUGCGCUGCAGAUAGUCUGCCUGUCUGGAUCGACCUGGAAAAGUUGAUUUGCUCAAGACACAACGAGGAUAUCGAUUGCGAAGCAAGCGAGGUCAUUUUGCCAACGUUGAGCACCUUCUAUCCUGGUGAUCCCCUACUGAUGGACUGCUGCGGUUACGAUUUCACCGGUGCACAAUGCAUGCAGAUUGACGCCCGCCAACUUGUCAUGACCUGCAGAACGAUGACCGACGUCGAAACAGGCAGGUUUGGCGGCUUUAGAUAUCAAUCACGCAGCAUUGCCCUUCGGCUGGACCUGGGUGACAUACUGAAGGCAAAGCUCGCUCAGCCGUCUCAACCAUUUGAGAGACAGGCAUACCAGACUCGCGUUCAUUUCCCGAGGCGUACCGCUGCCCAAGAGGCAGAGAAGGCGAGCUGGCGCCGUCUUCAAGACCAAGACCCAGAGGUGAAGCUUCACUUGCCCUCCUCGGACUUUAUCACUGCGAGCUUCGAGUCGUGGAAAGAUAGCUGCUACCACUGCCACACUAUCACAGUAGACGACGAGGUCAGAGCAAGCGGGCUCGGUCAGAUCAUACUCGACGAGUUCCUAUCGUCCUCAGCAGCUCGGCCACCUGCAAGAGUCUCAUGAUGGUGGAUGCCACGCUCCGGGGAGCUUCCCAACGUCCUACCAGGAGCACGUCUGACCUGUCGAGCGCGAUCAACAGCGUAUGUCUCGCGGGCGAAGGGUGGAGGACCGUAGUCCUCAUGCACCUCAUCCGUCUCCUCAUGCCCGUCAAUUGUAUUCCGAAGAAGCGAUGCAGUUGAUCUCUACCAUCAUCAGGCUCAUCAUUGUCAAUAUAUCGAUACCUUCCUCAUCGCUUUCGUCCUCCUACUAGCUCUCAACUCCUGCCCAAUCGUCCGCGGAUCCAUCUUCGGCUUCACUUUUCGUCCAGCCCGUGGCACUGCUGUUGUCCUCUUGGUUCUCGAGCCCGUCAAAGC